UCUACUUCCUCCUGUCUUUUAUUCUAUUCCACAUAUCAUUUCCACAGGUGUUAUGAUCUUGUCCGUGUCGUGUUUGACCGGACCUAAUCAAUCGUUAUCAAUCGGCCCACCUACGUAAUCAUCGGCCCACUGGCAUGACAUCAACCGAUUCUCUCUCUGCCCUUUUCUCUCUCUUUUCCUCCCAACUACCUCUAUUAUCGGAUUGAAAGAUAUGCAGACAACUGCAGACACCAACGGUUACUCCUCAUGAGCUGUUCAUGUCCACCCAAUAAGUCCCAGUGACGGACAGUCGAAAACUUCUCGGGAUCGUCGCCAACUGAGGGGCUGCGGAGCAUCAUCCCACUCGGGCGUUGAUUAGAUGGAAAUUUCUCCCCCACCAACCUUUUAUUCGUUCAUAAUCUGCAGAACGUGCUUUUUCCAUUCUAUUCCCAUCCUUCUCUCCAAAACCCAUCCUUCUGAUCCAGUUCAUCAUGCGGAAUCACAUCUGCUACCUGCCUAAUGGCCUCUCCUUCACCGUCAAAUCGGUGUUUGGCGGCGUCACGUUCAGAUCCAACGACAUGAAAUUGACCAAUUCGAUCGUUCCGCCAGGUUGGAACAUCGUCCUAUCGACCGAUCGACGAGAGACAGCAAAAGAAGAACGCCCAAGCAGUCGCCACAGCGACAAGGAUCAAGAUCCGGGCUUCACGCGAUUCACCACCCCCACCCUCCGCCACGACAGCCUGUACCUCUCGUCCAUCGUCGACCCCCCCAGUACGGAAUACAAACCGGUCAGCUCGCACGCGCGCCAGCUCGCCAUGAUGCUCUGGGUCACCCUGUGGUGGUACUUCCACGAGCCGCAGCCCGACGCGCACCUCCACAAUGAGGCCUCCGCCGCGACGCCGGACCAAGGCAAGCCCAAGGGCGAAUGGCGAGUGGCCAUCAGGCGCGAGGGCAUCUUCAAGGGCCGCAACGUCGUGCAGAAGCUCGAGCGCAUGGGCCUCGUCGCCAGCGAGGACUCCUCCGCGGGCGAUAACCCCCUCGACCUGUCCGCCUGGGACGACCUCUUCGUCAGCCGCCGCAGCUUCUGGCAGAUCGACCCGCGCAUCUUCAUCUUCACCAUGAGCCCACUGCACGUCCCGCGCGCGAUCUCCCACCGUCCGCUCUCCCCCAACGUCGGGUCCCCCACGGCAGACGGCGUGUCCGUCACCACGAGCGACGUCGUCGCGCACCUGUCCUCCUCCGCAGAAGCGCACUACACCCCGUCCGAAGGACCCUACGCCUCCAGCAGCCACCACCCGACGUACUUCCCCCCGCCGCCAACGCAGUACACAUUCACGAACAACGUCCGGCACCCGAUCCGCCCCAAGCCCCCUCACAAAGGCGACGUCUUCUACAUCCGCUACAUCCCCAGCCUGCAGCAGUACAUCUCCUUCCGGGUCGCCUACCUCCCCCCACCACCCUCCGCCACCACAGCUUCCACGCCUAACUCCCCCGGCGCCAUCCACCACCACGCCUACAGCGCCUCCACCUCCAGCCUCGGCUCGCAGGCUCCCCCGGCGCGCGAAGGCCCCUCCGACCUCGACCUGCUGCACAAAUGGAUGAACGACCCCCGCGUCAACGCUUCCUGGGGCGAAGCAGGCCCCGUCUCCAAGCAGGAGGCGUUCCUGCGGCAGAACCUCAGCGCGCGCCACAGCUUCCCUGUCAUCGGAUGCUGGGACGACAAGCCGUUCGGCUACUUCGAGAUCUACUGGGUGAAGGAGGACAGACUGGGUUCGCUCAUCGGCGGCGCGGGCAACUACGACCGCGGUAUUCAUCUGCUUAUCGGCGAGCAGGAGUUCAGAGGUCCCCACCGCGUGGCGGUCUGGUUGAGCUCGCUGGUGCAUUAUUGUUUCUUGGCGGAUCCGAGGACGGAGACGGUUAUGUUGGAGCCGAGGGCGGAUAAUCAUAAGGUCAUCCACUACCUCCAACAAGCAGGCUUCUACAAAGAAGGCGAGGUCACUUUCCCGCAUAAACAGUCUGCUUUGAUGAAGAUCAAGCGUGACCAGUGGGAGUGUCCUGCUAUUUAGUUUUCUAACUCUAUAUUUCGUCUCAUAUAUGCUUUCAUCCAUAUAUACUCAUGUGUGUGUAUGUAUGUGUGGAUGAGUUGGGCGGAGGGGGAGGGGAGAGAGAGAGGUUAGCGAGGAUAGGAUAUUUGGUGUAUAUACCUAUGUCGUCUUGUCUUGUGUAUGCAAUACGGAUUACUCUACUCUA